AGAAAAAAUACAUUAGCAUAAAACAAAUGACAGAUAAUACUAAAAAGGAAGCUCCACCAAAAAGACCCCAAUGUGCAUUCUUUAUUUACAAAUAGGAGGUGUACUCAUAAGUCAAAGAUGCUCACCCCGGCAAGAAAAUGACCGAUAUCACCAAGAUCAUCUCUGAAUAGUACAAGCAACUACCAAAGGAUAAAAUUGAUUAAUACGAAUAAAAGUACAAGGACAGCAAGGCUAUAUUUGAAAAAGAAAAGAAAAUCUACGAAGAUAAAUACGGAAAGAUCAAGAAUGAGAGAAAGAAGAAGAAGGAAGACGGCAAGGGAUCCAAAAAAGUUCAAAAGAAGUAAAAGAAGUAGGAUUCCGAUGAAGAUGAGAGUGGAUCAGACGAUGAUUGAGAAUUCAUAUUUAAUAUAAAUAAUUAUAUUUUUUAUUA